AUGGUGAAUGAUACAAAUGUGGUAAAUGUGAUAGACAAUAAUCAAUUAAAAAAAGAGAAGGUUCAAAGAAAGAAGUUGAUUUUUGAUAAUGAUCAAGAGUUUCAAGAAGAGAUUGAUCUUAUAAAUGAACCUAAAGUACUUGAUGUUGAAUCUGAAACAAAAAUUAACAAAAUCAAAAUUAAUAUUCUACAAAUUUGUAAUAAAAUAGUUAAAAAUAUAAAAAUCGCAUUAUUUAAUACUUUAAAUUAUUAUUGGGAAUAUCCAAUUUAUGAAGCUUUUCUUGCAAUACUUCUUGAUUCAAGAACCAAAAAAAUAGAAUUUGCAAUUAAUUUUUAA